UCACCCUCAAGUGCUCACGCGUGAUAGCGCCCGAUCGUGACGUCAGGGGAGUUGUGACGUCACACACUCGAACAGCAGCAGACGCCGAGCGAAAACAAGACAAGCGGCAGAUGGACCGACGGACGGGAGAGCGGCGGAUCGAGACAAAGGUGCGCACGGACGGGAGCGUCGUGUCCACUGCUGUGGUCAGCAGAUGCAACUUCGACGACCGGUGGGACUGGGACGACUCGCUGACCGUCCGGACCGUGGUCAGUGAGGAGACCUUCAGCCCCACUUUCGGAGAGUUCGUACCCGGCGUCGCUAUGGCGAGUGAUGAGCAAGAGGCAGAGAUCAUCACCCAGCGGGAUGAGGAGGAUCAUGCCACAGCUGAUGCGCGGGAUGAGGAGUCCGGAAGCGGACUGGAGCCGAGCUCUCCUCGUGUCCAGCGCUUGAUGGGGCUCCUGAACCGGGAUGAGGAGCGGCGUUCGAAGCGCCGGCCGGCAUCCGAGGAUCAAGACGGCGAGUGGGAGCGUAUCCUGCGCGACGUCCUGGCGAGCGUCCACGAGCUGGAGAGCUGGGAAGGGCGCAGGCGCGCUGACGUCAGGGAUGCGGAGGAGCAUCCGUCUGCCGAGCAUCCUCAGUCGGAUCCCGGCGUCGACAUGGAAGCGGAGGCCCUGAGCCCGCCCGCCAAAGGCGAGACGCCGACCAAGGUGAAGAGCCUGCGCUUCAAGCUCGAUCCUGACGUUUUUGACGUUCCUUCGGACGACAGCUUCUAUGACGAUGAGCAAGAGGAAAGUCGUUCUUGGAGGAGGCCACAACAACCUCGUUAUAAAGCCUUUUCUUCUCUUGAUCUUGGACACAGUGACGAACCAGUUCGACUCGUAUCAGUUCAAGCAAGUGUAGUACCGGCCGGUCAAAAAAUGGUCGCUAGGCCAAUGGGCAUUGACCUCAGAGUCCGGUUGACAGAAGAGAGACAGAGCAAGAGAGCGCAUGUGGGCACAAGCCCCUCUCAAGCUAAGCGGAGGAGCCCAGUAUCAGACGGCUGGUGUCAAGAACUAAGUCCUGUGACUGAAAAUGUAGAUUGGAGAGAAACGUUUACAUCUGUAGAAGAACCAAAAGUUAUAAUACCAAACGGAAUUCUCAAGACACCAUCUCCCAAAACUACGCCUGAAGAUGCGAAAGGUUCUCCCAAAUCAGGUGAUUCAAGUUUUCACACAAAAACUAAAAAAAUAGAAGUCUCAAAUAAUCCUUUUAAAUCUAUGACAGAUGAUGCUACUAAAUCAUUAAAUGAGAAAAAAGAUACUGUGCCUACAACAGUUGUGCAGAAGCCAAAAGUUCCAUGGAAACCACCUCAUUUAGAGAAAAAAACAUUUUCGUUGCCGAGGAAGAAGUUCGAACCUGAUCCUGAAGCUAUUGAAAGAAUAACAGGAUAUAAAGUUGCUCUUUCAAAGCCACCUCUCCCCCCUCCUAUGUUUCACAAAGUAUCUGCAGUUCCUAUGAGAAUAAGCAAAGCUGAACUGGCCCGCAAACAAUAUCUGGACAGUAAAGCUCAACUCGCAAAAGGAGGAGCAGAUGGGGCCAAAAAAUUUCAGCAGUUUCUUCAGCAAGCUCAGAGUGAUCGUGCUCGAAUAGGGAACAGUGUACCAGACUUAUGUGCCAUAGAAAAAGCCGUUGUGGAGCAAUGGGCUCGUGAGAAAAACAGCGCGUCUUCACCGCGAGAAAGUCCAGCAAGAGAAGAAGAGUUCAAACCAAAUGAAUCAAUUUCCUCUCGAGGCAGUACUCCAGAUGACGCAUGGGCGAGUUACGUGCAAUCCUGUCGAAGGUAUUUUGGACGCCGCAGCCAGAGUAUGAGCUAUCUCGAGACGGAUGUAGAUAUAGUGCCCAACUUGGAAGAAGUUGACAAAUGCUAUAGUGUGAGUGCCCUGAACGAAGAGGUUCCAUCUGCUCCAGACGAUUCUGAUAUGGAUCAAAGUCGCGAAGAUUUAGAUGAUUCAGGGCGAGCGAAAUCAGAGCACGAAUUACGUGUUGAGCGGUCUUUACGCAGUCUUCCUCUCCCAGAUUGGUACAAGAAGUCUGAUAAACCAAAAAGUGGAUUCAUUCUCAGCUCUUCAAAAGAAAAGCGGGGCUGGGCUGCCGCGAAAUCACUGACCUCUUCUACAUCCAGCUUAGCUUCGUGUGGAUUAAGGAGACCCACUGCAGUCAGAUCACUUCUAUCGUCCAGAGAAGAUAUCCCUUGGUCAUCGCCAGAUGGCCCAACGCUGUCUUUGGCUCUCGCUAAAGCUUUCAGGGAACCUUAUUUAGGUUGGAGAAGAGCAAGGACUCCUACCAGCAGCGGGGUCUCAAGUUCUCCUAGGGGUGCAUCACCGCCUUCUUCUUGGGGAGCGGCGACCACGACUGACGAAGAUGAAGUUCUCAAUGGAGAAGUCUCCUUCGACGGAGAAGAUGCUUUUAUAGGGCGUACGUCCUCGCUUUCAGAGGACGACAACAGGAAAAAGAUCGACCCUCCGUCGUUGGAUGAUACUGGAGCAGACGUGGCUACCGUUUCCAUGGACACCGGUGAUCCCAUCAAGCUACCGGGGGGAGAAGAUACAUGCGAAGAUAUAAACAACAUGUCAAUGGAUACCUGUGAGAUGUUUGAUGCCGAUGAUCGAGUAGAGGAUGACGCUCCAUCUGCAACUGCCGACACUGGUGAUGACAUCGAUAACUUGUCCACUGACACUACGGACAAUAAAGAAUGCAAAGAUAUAUCGAGAGAUUGUUAUGACACUACUCAGAGUUUUAGCAAAGAAUAUAAUGAUACAACUAAAGACAGUAAAGAAAUAUUGAAGGAUCUCAGCAAAAAUCACAUAGAUAAACUCAAGGACUUCAGUAAAGACGAGGAAGAUAACUCAAAAAACAGCAGUGUGUGUGAAAAUAACAAUAGUAUUGAUAGUUCUGAAAUUUACAGUAACGAUGUCUCUCAAAAUUACAGUAAAGACACUACCAAAAAUCUCACUGAAGAUAUUUCACAAAAUUACAAUAAUGUUAUUUCCCAGAAUCAUAGUAACGGUAAUUCAUACAGUUACAGCAAAAACUAUACCAGUAAGGAUACAUCAAAUUCAUCAAAGGUAAAAGAUCGCCUGAAAGACUCUAAACUCAAAGAUUCCAAUAAACUGAAACGUUAUUCAUAUAGUCAAAGCAUUUACCACAGCGAAUGGGAUGACGAGGAGGAAUCAAGAGGUGAUCGCAAAGGAGUGAGGAGUGCUAGUCCAUCACCCGAUGGCCACAAAAUCAUCUGGAUAGAAUCUUCUUUUGUUGGCUCCAGAACUACAACAUCCAUAGUAGUCCUACCGCAGGAUAACAUAUCUUCUCGGAGCGGAAACGUCAUAGAAAGGCCGGCUUCUAGGUAGCAAGAUGCCAGUUUUGAACGUUUCCGGAAAAAGACGCCUCGCUCGAGUCACGACACUGACGUCACCGGUGCACAACAUUUCCACCCUUCGAAAGAUGGAUAAAGUGGGCAUUUCCAUGCCCAGGGACCAUUAAAGCUCAAUGCCGUAUUGGACCUCUACGGAAAUUUCACUCCCUAUAUAUCGUCCAAUGCUGUUCACUCGUUUUAUCAGUGAAUUCUUUCCACCAACCAAGAUAGCAAGCUGUAAUUUAGGGAAACUCAAAACAGCCUUUAAUUUCUGAUCUGCAAUGUGAUGAUUUACAUUAGCGCACUUCGCUUUGUAUUGUGAAUGUAAAUAUUUUGCAAUCAAUCUCAGACAUGGGGUGCUACUAUAACUGCACCUCAUAUAAAUACUAUGCAAUCUUCAACAAAAGAGUUACUGAAGACCGACUAGUUUUGUACGUCACAGAAGAUACUAGAUAUUAUCAUCUUUGUCUUUGCUUCCGAUAAAAUAGAGAUUAUUUCAUUGAAAGAUGCAUCUGACUACCUAAAAACGCAAAUAGAAACGUUUGUUUUUUUCCCAUCCAAGUUUAAAUCGUAUUUCAAAUACUCAAAUGUCGAUCAUGUUUUGCCGCAUAAAAAGCAAAAAGGGGGAAAAACUGCGCUUGGAAAAUCAAAUAAUAUUUAGCACUGUCAAUUGGCAUUCGAAUGGAUAACUUAAAAGAAAUUUAAAAAUUCGGAAGCAGUUCUUGGAAACUAAAUAGUUUUAUGGUAAGUUUCGCCGUUUCUUUCAACGCGAAAUCAAGAUGUUCAACGGAUGAAGAAGUUGGUGUCAUUACAUAAAGGUUAAAUGAUUCCCUAAUCCUCUGUUUUUUUGCAGAUAUAAAACACUAUUUAGUUUUAAAACUUUUAACAGCUUUUUUUUUAAAUUUGAAAGUCUCGGUUGAAACGGUAUUCGUUUUUAUUCCAUGGAUAUCGCGUCCUAAGUGGACAAUGUUCUAACCGAGUUGUUUCUUAAUUUUUAUUUAUUUUUGCAAUGGGGUCGUUUCCGAAGUUUCGAAGUAUUUUUUUUUUCUGAAAGAGCAUGCUUAAAAAUAUGGGGUUUGACCAUUUUUAAAAAAUAAUUUGACAAUUUUUUAACAAUUAUUUUAAUUGGUGUGCAUAAUGAAAUUCAUUUUUUACUCUUCUGCACAUGACAUCACAAGUGAUGAAAUGCUAUUCAUUGAUGGCAUUAGCGCAGAGCGCGAUAUUUAAUUCCCUUCUUUACUCACAUGAACUGGCAACGAUAUGCUAUACAGCAAGCGUAAGCAUUCAGCGCGCCAAAGUGCAUCACUAGUGUCGUCAUUAAGAUCCCACGCCUUAUUUGAAAAAUCGGACAUUUAAAAAAAUAAUUAAAAUUAAACGCUUUUAAAAAUAAAAGUUUUUUUCUAGGUCCAUGUUUUUUUUUUUUUCUUUUUUUCUUUUUUUGUUCAUUCCAUCAACUUUAGUGACUAAAAGUAAUACUUCUGACUGAUGGAAACAACCCCAUUCGAACGACAGUUUUGUCUUGCACUGAUAAUUUACGCGUAAAAUUUAACUGAAGGAUUUUACUGAGAAAUUCAAGGAAAAACUACUUCACAGUAUCAGCUCAUGUUCCAUUUGCGCAUAUAUUUGCUUCCCCGAUUUUUGUCGAACGAUAACACGAACUCACAAAAAUUGUCUGAUCUUAACAAAUAUAUACGUACUGCAUAGCUUCUAUGUAGUUUGAAAAAUAUCACAGGAAGAACGAGGAAAACAAUGGACCGUAACCGUUUUCGAAUUGGUAACCAUCGCAAGCUUUCGAAUCAUGAUUGCAUUUGAUUAAUUUUUCUAAAUAACAUAAAAAUGCAUAUAUAUAAUAGCGUAAAAUACAGUUCAUAAAGAAAUAGACAGCUGUAAAUACCAAAUACAGUGCAGUAAUAGGUGAUUUACAUUUCUUUGCAAGUACCUUAGAAACUCGAAAGUUGCUGAUUUAAUUUUCCUUUCGGAAGAUGUUACUAAUGAGACAUUUAUAGAUGAGUUUUGCACGUUUUGUCUAACUGCAUGAGUUUUAAAAAGAAGAAAAAAAAAAGAGAUUUCAAGUUUUUAACAUCACUCAUAUUUUCUUACUAUCUGAAUGUGUUGAUUUUUCUUACCGUUAAAGUGAAAAGUGAUUGUUUUAGACGCCACUUGAACGUGUCCGGGACAAUGUUGCGUACUAUAGUAAGCACUUUCGAAAAGGCAGCUAAAAUAGCAACAAUCAUUGCGGUACUGUUUGCAAAAGUAGGAUGAACGCAAGUACUGCUAAAAACUGUUCUGACUGAGGAAUCGAACAAAAAAGAAAAUGCUGUGAAGAAGAAACACUGCGCUGUUCGAAAUGUUUUAGUGGCAACGUUGAAUUCAGUCGUGAGAUCAUCUUGAGCACAUUUGGGACUUCGCAACAAGCGCCAUUUCGGAAAACGAUCACGAAAUGUGUUUCAGUAUUUAUUUAUUAGUGCUUUUGUCAAGAGGGAAAAAAUGGUUGUGAAGAGAAUGCAAUUAAUCUGAGAAAAUAAGGGCUUUCAUUAAUGUAAGGGUUAAAAUGUAAAACCAGUUUCCGCAAAAAAUCUUUAUAUUCAGAAAAAGGCUUUUAAGAUAUUUUAUCUUCUUCAGGGAGGAUUUGCAGAAUCCUAUCAUUAGCUCCAAUCUGAAUUCAGCGGUGCUUUUUUUAUGACUGUGGCAUGCCGAUCUCUUCACUGCUAAACUAUUUCUAUUUUGGCAGUUGUAUUCCUUUGUGGCGGAAUUUUUUCACAGUUUUGUUUCAGUGACUGUUAUUUUGCAUACGGGCUACACUAAAUAGGUUUCGAGUUUGUUAUGCAUUAUUGUUAAACUGAAAUAAAAUUUAUGUAUAUAA